CAUAUAGAUGGAUACACGAAUGCCAACCAUGUGAUCGGUUGCGUGUUUGAGAAUUUAUGGGAAAAAUCAUUUUUCACCUACGUUAUCAAAAUGUUUAGAUCGUUAAUACAAAUAUAUAGUAAGAAUUUUGGCCGAACAUCAAUCAAUCAAUUAUCGAUCAAUAUUAAUUUGAAUGACUCGAAAACAGUCAAUUCUAUAUUAACAAUAUCCGUUCGAAAUGGAAGAUUUUCCGCACCAACUACCAAACGUCGUAAAACUUAUCCGUAUCAUUGGUGGCCAAGAGCGGAAAAAACUUCGACACUGAAAAAUUAUCUAACAAAAGAAAAUCAAAAAUUUUUGGAUGAUAUCGAUCAUAAUAAGAUAUCACCUUUUCAAAAUAAUAAAAGUCCGUUGAAAAUCGAACAAGUUGAAAAAUGUCAAUAUGAAGAAGGAUCAAUUCGUUGUGGAGUCAUCGCAAAAAAGAUUGGCGUACAACCAAUGUGGACGAAGAAUGGACAAAGAAUAGUGACUACCGUUCUUCAAAUAAUUGAUAAUCAUGUAAUUUCCUAUAUAAAAAAUGAAGAUUUUAUCCGUGCACGAAGACCAUUCUAUAAUCAGCAUAAAUAUAAAGACAUGGAUGUAUUAAUUGUUGGAGCUGAAAAUGCGAGUCAUUUAAAUUAUCCAUCAUCUUAUCUGGGAUUAUUCCAAAAGGCUAAUUUACCUCCCAAAAAGAAAUUGACCAGAUUUUUUAUCACCCCAAAUGCAAAAUUGACCCCAGGUACAGCAUUAACAGUAAAUCAUUUCUGCGUUGGUCAUUAUGUUGAUGUUUGGGGAAAAACUAGAGAUUAUGGUUUUCAAGGUGUCAUAAAACGAUGGAAAUUCAAAGGUCAACCAAAACAACAUGGUGUAACUAAAGCUCAUCGACGUCCCGGUACGAUAGCUCGAGGUCGAAAACUAAUGGGCCCAUUAAAAGGUACCAAAAUGGCUGGCCAUAUGGGUUCAGAACGAAGAAUAUUGAAAGGUCUGAAAAUCUGGCGCAUCAAUACCAAGUAUAAUGUUAUUUGGGUUCAUGGACCGGCUGUUCCAGGUGCAAAUAAUUCAUGGGUAUACAUUUAUGACACUACAUCGAAAGCAAAAAAAUAUAAAAAAGACAAUCAUCCACCAUUUCCCACUUAUUAUGAAGAAGAAAGCGAAGAAAAAUUGCCCGAAAACAUUUACGACAAAGAUCUUCAUCCAUUUGAUGAACCAUCUUUGCUUUUUGAAGAAACCGAGGAGGAAAGAAAGGCUGCAUUGGCUGCACUGAAAAUGACCAAGAAAGCAAAGAUUGCCAAGAUUCGUUAAAAUCCAUAAUAUUUGUAAAAUUAGUCAAAAAUUUUCAAUAAAUCAUAUGAAUUUAUUCAA